CGGGCCAUGAUUUGGCUCGCCGCUGUGCUUUUAUUCAAGAUGGCGGGGCUACUUUUGAGGCCGUAUGGCGGCGCGUCGACAAUAAAAUAAUUUAGAAAGGUAGCUAGGUGGUCAAGAGGAGACACUUGUGUCAUAUUUAUCACUCCCAGAAGAUCGCUGUGGAGGAUGAUCAGUGCCUAGAUCCCAUAUUAAGCUGAAUGCAUUGUGAUUUCCAAUAAUUGAGACAGUGAUUCUGAAAGCUGUCUACAUUAAUGAAAAGAACAAUGUAGUCAGCUUAGCAUAUUCACCUCUGGUACGUGGUCUAUACAGAGAUGUGCUUCUGCAUGUAUUCUGGGUUUAGAUAAGAAGAAAGUCUCUCAAUAAGAUAUUUUUAUAUCAAUUGUCAGUCUAUAUAAGUUGUAGGUCAUAAUUUAGAUAAAAUGGAGAUAGAUGAUGUUUUACCCCCUCUCCCCUUGGAGCCACCUGAUGAUUUUGGCCUAGACGAGGGCAGAGCACCUCCACCACCUCCCCUGCAAACGUCCAGUGACGCAGAGGUAAUGGACGUUAGCUCUGGUGGUGAUGGAUACACAUACACCCCAGGGGACGGGGAAGCCAGGACACAACAGCCCCUCUGCAAGGGCUCCGUAACUUUCUGUAGCCACCUCUCAGAUGAGGCUAAUCCAAACCCGCCGUGCCCCAGAACAGCCCGCCACGCUCCCCCGGUCACCAAGUUUCUGCCAGACCUCAAACUGCUCAGAGAUGUUAAGAUCAGUGUAAGCUUCACUGAAAGCAGCAGUAGCAAAGACAGGAAGGUGUCAUACACAGGUGAAGGCCAGGAGGCAGGCAGUGAGGAUGGUUUAGAGAGUGUCAAUGGUGAGUUGCAUGACUUGACUAGUGAGCAGGAGGCAGCUGAAGGUAGCUCUGGAGGAGGAAACACUGGAGGCAGGAGGUCAGAGGAGACUGAGGUAGACUUGGAAAACAAGGUAGAGUUCGCUGUCCUGGAUGAGUUGGAUGACUUCUACGAGAACUUCCUGGAUCAUGACAAUGGAGAGCAAGGUGGCUUUAAAUCUGAGGUCAUAGUUCAGCAGGAGCAAGGAGAUGACGAGACUGCAGCUUACAGCUAUGAGGAGGAGUUUGACAAUGACGUCGACGCUCUGCUGGAGGAGGGCAUGCCAGUCCCAAAGAAGAUGCGCCCGGCAGAGGACAAAUAUGGUGGGGACAGUGAUCAUCAGUCAGAUGGUGAAGGAGGUGUUCAGCCCAUGAUGACCAAAAUUAAGACUGUCCUGAAGAGUCGGGGCCGUCCACCGACUGAGCCUCUACCUGAUGGAUGGAUCAUGACAUUCCAUAACUCAGGCAUUCCAGUCUACCUGCACAGAGAGACAAGAGUGGUUACCUGGUCCAGACCCUACUUCCUCGGGACUGGCAGUAUUAGGAAACAUGACCCACCUACCAGCAGCAUCCCUUGCCUGCACUACAAGAAAAUGAAGGAACAAGAGGAGAGGGAGCUGAACGGAGAAGUGAGUCCAAAUGCAGGGGGGUCUCCCUCCAAGCCGGGUGAGGAGGCAAAUGGUGAAGAGACAGCAGGAAGGUCAGAUGCUACCACUGAGGAGCAGGACACUGUCCAUCUCACUGAAGGUGGCCUAGAAGGCGAGGGUACCACUGAUAACAAUGUGCAGAGUAAAGAGGCCCUGCCCUGUGACACUGCUCAAGGAGCCUUAGGGCAGGUGAAGGCCAAGGUGGAGGUGUGCAAGGAUGAGUCCAUAGAACUUGAAGAUUUUCGUCUGUACCUGGAAAAAUGCUUCGACUUUGAACAAGUAACUGUCAAGAAGUUUCGCACGUGGGCUGAGCGAAGACAGUUCAACAGAGACAUGAAGAGGAAGCAGGCAGAGUCAGAGAGACCUAUCCUGCCUGCCAACCAGAAACUCAUCACACUGUCAGUCCAAGAUGCUCCUACUAAGAAAGAAUUUGUCAUCAAUCCCAAUGGAAAGUCUGAAGUUUGUAUCUUGCAUGAAUACAUGCAGCGUGUCCUAAAGGUUCGACCUGUUUACAACUUUUUUGAAUGUGAGAACCCAAGUGAACCUUUUGGUGCGUCGGUCAUUAUAGAUGGAGUAACCUACGGCACAGGAACUGCAAGCAGUAAAAAACUUGCCAAGAAUAAAGCUGCUCGAGCCACACUGGAAAUCCUCAUCCCUGACUUUGUGAAGCAGACCUCGGAGGAGAAACCUGUCGAGGGCGACGAACUGGAGUAUUUUAAUCAUAUCAGUAUAGAAGACUCAAGAGUGUACGAGCUGACCAACAAAGCAGGACUACUUUCGCCAUAUCAGAUUCUUCAUGAGUGCCUUAAAAGAAACCAUGGAAUGGGGGACACCAGCAUUAAAUUUGAGGUGAUCCCAGGGAAAAACCAGAAGAGUGAAUAUGUGAUGAUAUGUGGGAAGCAUACUGUCCGUGGCUGGUGCAAGAACAAGAGGGUUGGCAAACAGCUAGCAUCUCAGAAGAUCUUGCAGAUGCUUCACCCCCAUGUUAAGAACUGGGGCUCUCUGCUGCGCAUGUACGGCAGAGAGAGCAAUAAGAUGGUCAAGAAAGAGAGCUCAGACAAAAGUGUGAUUGAGCUCCAGCAGUAUGCCAAAAAGAACAAGCCAAACCUUCAUAUCUUGAACAAACUGCAAGAAGAAAUGAGGAAGCUGGCCACACAGAGGGAGGAAACGAGGAAGAAACCCAAGAUGACCAUAAUGGAGUCUGCCCAGCCAGGAAGCGAGCCCCUCUGCACUGUCGACGUUUAAGUCACUGACGAACCACGGCACUGAAACCCAGUCACUGUCAGACAUCACACCACCAUUUAUCACUCAAUUAUGCAUCAUUGAGAUCUAAUGGCAAUAUAGUAACACUUUGACCAGCCCAGUAGAACUGCUCGCUUCUUUCACAUGCGUUUGAUUGGUUCAGCUGGUAGAUGUAAGGGUAGGACUGAAUGCACUAACGGACCGUAGAGCAAAUACCGUCUACCUCUCUAGAUGUGUCCUCACUAUGACACUAGGAAAAAAAUCCCCCCGGGUGCAGAGAAGUUUCCAUGACUUGAUAACAUAUGAACCACAUCAGAAUAAAAAUGCAUGCUUCUUUAACUGCGAAAACCACUGCACACACUGGUUUUGUUUUGAAGUGUUGUUUUCAACAGUGGCAGUCUUAUAGUACCAGCACCUGUUAGUUUUGUUUGUGCUUAAAGUAUUUGAAAGGGACUACUAAUACUUGUAUUUAUACCAUUCAUUUUAAUUGGGAAACAAAGUUCCUUGUUUAUUGGAUAUUUUAAUGGUAGGUGUUAUGGAUAUUUUGGGUGAUGAAUACAAAUAUAUGCCGUUUUGUUUCUCCUCAGAAUGGACAGUCGCUGUCUUGGUUUGCACGAUAAGAACAUGCGUUGUGAAGUGAUCACUAUUCGGAACCAUUGUUUAUGCACUCGUGUCCUGUCAGAUAUUUUUCUUAAGUGAUCAUGCUGUUGGUACAGAAAUAACUGCUUUUGGGAUAUUUGGGUUGACUUUUGUAUUCGGAGGGCCUCGUUGCCUUUUUUUAUUUUCAUUUGCUUUGGCAGAAACUGACGUCCUGCUCUCCAUGCUUGUACUGCAGUAAACCCAAGCACAGGGCCACAGAGUACUGUAGUAAGUUUGAGGAUCAUUUCAUUAAUGCUCUUAGUUCUCACUUGCUUUAUAUUAUUACCAUGCACACAACUAACGGCUCAAUACAUUUUAGUUGCUCUUAUUUUUUUGGUGCCCUUAAGAAAAUCAUGUUGGUUACAUGUUGCCUUAGUUAAUCCAUUUCAUGAAGGGCUCAGAGUAUAUACAGUACAUUGGACCUAAAACACCCUUCAGCAAGAAGUGGAAAGACCAAGCCCCAGUUACUUGAUAAAGCAUUUCUUUAGGCAAUUAGUAUUUUUAAUGAAGACAGCCUAUAAAAUAUGACACUUAGGGAAAUAUGCCUACAGCAUGUGCAGAUUUUUAAGACUUGUCUUAAUGGAUUGUGUAUUUUGUGUACGUUUGCCAUCAUUGUGACAGAUGAUCAUACUGUCUAACCACAAGUAGAAUACAUUUUUCCAAAGGCAGCCUUGUAAAAAAAAAAAUAAAUAAUUAGUUGGUACUGACGUGAACAAAAUGCGAUCAAGUCAUUUAGUCCGACACAAGCUGACAAAACUGUGUAUACCAAAGCUUACAUACAGUCUUAUGCAUUUUAUAGAAUACUUAAUGUUGCUGCAAACUGUACAGUAGAGACAGUAAUAGAUGUAUAACAGGAAAAUGCUUAUCACUUGUUGGAACAAAAUAGAAACUGCUGUGCGUUCUCUAUCGAGUAUUUGGCCUGUGCUUUUUCUACAAACAUACAAGGACACAUUGGUUUCAACAAGGCUCUUGUGAUAGUGUAGAUCGCUUUAAGAAUGUGCUUACCCCUCUGUACGUGUGUUGUCUUGCCAAGUGUGUGUCAGUGUGAGAAGAGGAAAAAAAAAUACUGCUUUUACGUGUUGCUGUUGAGUUGUACCAAUGAAUCGUUUGAAAUGUUGCUGCCUAGAAAAUGAAGUAUGUAUUGCAACCUGAGCUCCAUGACUACAGUGAUAUUUGUUAUGCAAAAUAAAAUGUCUUGACUAAUGA